GGCUUACGGCAGAGCGCCGGAAGUACUGCUCUUGGAAGGGUCCGACUCCCGCCGAACCGUGUCGGGCUUUUAGGAGUCGGGCAGGAACCGGAGACGCUGAAGACCUGAGUCCUAGCAAACUCCGCCGUCUAGCGCACCGGCCGGUUCAUUUUCUGUGCUUUCAUCGGCUCAGCCGCGAAGUGAGUCGUGGACCAGCCACUCCCUGCGUCCAGCCUCGAGAACGAACGGGAUCGUCCCAGCGGCGCCGUUGGGAAAAGAGGGCCAGCAGGAAAUAGUCAAACUAAGAUUUCAAUCCACGCAAUUAGAUUUCAGAGCCACGUUCUUAACCAGGACACAGCCACUCCUCAGUAAAAGGUCCCAGCCCAUCUUCAAAACAGUCCUGGGUUCUGAUCCUGCCAUCCAAGGAACUCAGGAGAGGGGGACAGCCUCUGCCUCUCACCGCCCUGGAACAGGACCGGCAUGUCUCAGGCCACCAAGAGGAAGCAUGUGGUGAAGGAGGUACUGGGGGAGCACAUGGUGCCCUCUGACCACCAGCAGAUCGUGAGGGUACUCAGGACCCCAGGGAACAAUCUGCAUGAAGUGGAGACAGCCCAGGGGCAGCGCUUCCUGGUAAGCAUGCCCUCCAAAUACCGCAAGAACAUCUGGAUCAAGAGAGGGGACUUUCUCAUCGUUGACCCUAUUGAAGAGGGAGAAAAGGUGAAGGCUGAGAUCUCCUUCGUGCUCUGCAAAGACCAUGUGCGCUCUCUGAAGAAGGAUGGGCUCUGGCCUGAGGCCUUUGAGGUGGCUGAGAAACACAAUAACAACAGGAACAGACCAACUCAGCCAGAACUCCCAGCUGAGCCACAGUCAUCGGGAGAAGAGUCCAGCUCUGAAGAUGAUUCUGACCUCUUUGUUAACACCAAUCGUAGACAGUAUCACGAGAGCGAGGAGGAGAGCGAAGAGGAGGAGACAGCCUGAGGCUCCAGGACCCACUUUUCCUCCUCUGACCUUGGACAAUUCCAGGGUGCUCUGCAGAUCUUCCCCCCAAUGGGGACAAAGCAGGACUCCUCUCUGAACUGACCUUCUGACCCAGGAGAAUUAAACCCCUGGUGGGUGGUGACUUGUGCUAGUGUCCGAGUGGCUCUCUGGAGGGAGAAGGGACCUGUGGUCCAGUUAAAAAUUGCUCCUUGGUAGAGGUCUCAUGGGCAGGAAAUGGGGAAUGGCUGGACAUUUUGAAUGAAUUUAAAUUGAAGAGGGAGCUAAGGUUUCCUAGGUUCGUUCUCUCUCCUCUCUCUCUGUCUCUCUCAUUGGACACUUAGUAAGUGGUGGGCCCUGUGCUGUCCCUCCUUGCAUGUACUUGAUAAGUGGGAACAGUCCCACUUUAUUGCCUGCUCGCAACCAAUACUGAUUCAGGCUUUCAGGAUCACAGCCAUAGGACUAGUCCCCCGUUGCCUCUAAGAAACACUCAGGAUGAAUUUCAUAGUACCUCAUGAGCUGAUUUCCCUGCAUUUCUAGUCACCAUGACUGCAGGAGUGCCCACCUCCAUGCUGCUGUGUACAUCCCCUGGUUGCUGGACCCUUGUGGCAACUUAGACCAUCAUUCCUCAGCCCUCUUGUAAAACACAUCAUCCCACUUAUCUCUUUUAUUUUUUAACCUCUGGCUAUACAUUACUCCUCAUUGCUGGCGUUGACCUUGUAGUCUCUGCUCAGACUAGAAGAGUUUAUCUCCUGGCUUAGAGUGUUUUAUCUCUGCUUAGUCAUUUCUACAUCCCAUAGAUGGGCCUGUUCAGCACUGUGGCUCUUUAGUUCCUUGAUAAUCCCCAUCACUAAUGCGGGUCUUCUAUUCCAGGCCUGCUGCCUACAUCUCUACUACCUGGACCCCCUGAUAUCAGUAGAAAUUGUAGUACCUUU